GGCGGGCGGGAGCCACGCCCACGGACAGGCUCGAGGGCAAGAGAAGGCCUCAACGACUUCCGGCAGGCCCACCAUAAAGACUUCCCGAGUCUUGAGGGUGUGCGCAUGCGCGGCGGAAGUGUGUGGUUGUGACGUAAAUACGGGGCGCCGCAAAUGCGGGCUACGUAGCGGUCGGGGAAGUAGCCCCAGCGGCGCCUGGGCUCGGCUGCCGGGCGAAGGUGGCAGUAAUCCUGGGCCCAGGGCGAGGCAGCACGGGCCUUCAGGAAGAUGCUACCAAGUACUUCAGUGGGUUCCUCAAUGCAAGGGAAUGGAGUCUUGAAUUCCAGGGAUGCAGCGAGACACACAGCUGGAGCAAAACGCUACAAGUACCUCCGAAGGCUUUUUCGAUUUCGGCAGAUGGACUUUGAGUUUGCCGCAUGGCAGAUGCUCUACCUAUUCACUUCCCCACAGAGGGUUUAUAGAAACUUCCAUUAUCGGAAGCAAACAAAGGAUCAGUGGGCCAGAGAUGACCCUGCUUUCUUGGUCCUCUUAAGUGUCUGGCUCUGUGUGUCCACCAUAGGAUUUGGUUUUGUGCUUGACAUGGGAUUUUUUGAGACAAUAAAGCUGCUCCUGUGGGUUGUAUUCAUAGAUUGUGUAGGUGUUGGCCUUCUGAUAUCAACUUUAAUGUGGUUCAUCUCCAACAAGUAUCUAGUGAAACGCCAGAGCAGAGACUAUGAUGUGGAGUGGGGGUACGCCUUUGAUGUACAUCUGAAUGCAUUUUACCCGCUCCUGGUCAUUUUGCAUUUUAUCCAGCUCUUUUUCAUCAACCAUGUUAUCCUCACAGAUACAUUUAUUGGAUAUUUAGUUGGAAAUACCUUAUGGUUGAUUGCGGUUGGCUAUUACAUCUAUGUAACCUUCUUGGGAUACAGUGCACUGCCGUUUUUGAAAAACACAGUAGUCCUGCUCUACCCAUUCGCACCUCUGGUUGUGCUGUAUGGACUGUCGCUGGCCCUGGGCUGGAACUUUACCCACAUGCUGUGUUCCUUCUACAAGUACAGAGUGAAAUGAAAAAUGACCACAGCAGUGGAGCUCAACUGUCAGGUACCUCAAAUAUUACUGCAGCUAUGAACUGUUCAACCCAUGAAGACACUGUGAGCAAAGUAUGUACAAUACAUUGAAGGAGGAGGAAAAGAAAACCUGGUACAGCCUAGCAAAGAGGUUCCUUGGGCUGCUCCAAGAAACACCCCCCAUGCAAAGACAGCCUUCUGGAGGAAGUGCUCCAGCUGAGCAGAUUUUCCACUCCACUGGGGGAAACAUGACGGUGAGGCUUAGUGGACUCUACACUAAGAGGAAUCUGCUGCCAGCACUCUGGACAGUACUGUCCCAGCAGCCUUUUGUAUAGCUCAGACCCUGCAGCUUCAGGUUUUACACCAAGCUGGAGCAAACACAGCAUUUCCAAUAAAGAAUGAAAUGCUACGGACCCCCACGCUUUCAUUCUGGGACCAAGUGCUAAUUACUAGUUCAACUGUACUAGCAGCAGCCAUAGGAAGUGGCCUCCUUAGCAUCCACAAGUGUUUAGCUGUCCCUACAACGAACCAGCUGUUCGUUGAAAGCAGCUGGAGCCCCACUGCAUAUUCCACCAUGCUCACAGUGGGCGUGGCUCCCUACACACAUGCUUCCCCCUCCCUCAAACUCAGGUUACUGUCUGACACUGGACACACAGGGUCACAUGCUGCCUGCAAUGUGUUCCUGCCUGCCUGCUUGUUUUCACAGGAGCUUUUUUAGGUAGUGCAAAAACUCAGAAAGGGAACAUUUCAGAAACAAGGCUUCAUUUAGCUAGUGAUGGUACAGGGGCACGGGAAACAAAAUCCUUGGUU